AUGCCGACCAAGGAUCCUGAUAAACGCCGUAAGCAGAACUGCGAAAAUCAGAAACGAUGGCGCGAGCGCCAGACUCAUCAGCUUCACAACCUCCAAGCAACUCUCGAGGACCGGAAUCGCGAAGUGGAGACAUUACAGGAACAACUUCGAGCAGCUCUUGAUGAAGUCAAAGGAUUACGAAAAUCCAGUGCAACCCACGACAGGCAGAAAGCUUCAUCGGCCGAAGUAGAAUUGUCCGGCGCCCAGGUCGCCGUUCCUCCCGAGUUGGCUCCGACGGCGUGGUACAAUGCUCAUACCACUGCUGUUGACCGUGGCUUAGUCGCCUUUCCGGGAGGCAUGCCGACGCUCUCGAACUCUAGCUCAGAAAGUCCUGAAAUGGAGGGCCCGGAUGACGAUUGUGACAUAUUUGGACAAGGCUCCCAUGGAUUGCAAGCGCAGCCAAUGGUCUAUCCUUAUGCGAAUGGAAGACUGGCUGUCCAUGCAUCUCUAGCAGUUGCUUCAGUUCCUCGUGCAGGCGCUCUUGACGGUGACAUUUUCAAUGUUUCGGCCCAUCAUGAUCAAUUUGACAUUCAUCACAAUCCAGAAUAUUCGACAGAGCACAAUGAUGCGGAAAAUCCAGACGACACCAUGACACUGUCGGAGAUGAUUCAGGAAAGUUUACAGUUACUGCCUUCACAGAAGGAGCUAGAGACCUUACCCUUCGAUCCUCGAUUCCUGUACGAUAGCUUUGCGCCGAGCUUGAUGAUGGGAGGACCUUCUGGAAUCGGCCAGCUAGUCAUGGCUUUUCCUGAUAAUUCGGCCUUAUCAAAACAUAUCUCAACUGUGCAGAUGGUCAUCUAUGGGAAUUUCCCACUCCUUCGUGCUCAGCCACUGGCAUACAAAGAGCGUGUUAUGGCAGAAACCUUUGCCUGGAUGCUAUCUGAGGCAUGGCCCUCGAGCAGAGGAGUUCUCAAGAUGAUCAUUGGCUUACCUGCAAAGGCUGCUUAUGAGAACAUCUUUGCAUAUGAGCUGUUUCGCAACUUUCCCUGCAAGACCACCUACAGGCGCCUGCAUCACUUUUACCGACCCACAUUGUUGCAGUUAGCCGUUCCUCACUCGCCAGCCAUAGAUUGGUUGCCAUGGCCAGCGUUGCGAAAUCAUGUCAUCCUGCUGCAGCAGAAUAAUGUGCACAACAUCAACAUCGACGAACUUUGCAUGAAAGCUCUAGAGUAUACAGUCAUUGAACCCGAGCAGAGCCGCACCGACGCAGAGCCUACAUGGUCUGGACUUACUGGCCCAGUUCAGACUACCUUCAGGAUCUGGGACAUGUAUCUCAUGGAGAAAGCAGAGGGUGGUUCUCCUGUAAGCUCUCCAAUGAAGCACAAUCCAGCCUCGCCGACAUUACAUAAGCUACUUCAGAUGUACAAGCUACCUAUUCAGAAGAUCGAGAACCUUCGGAUCGACCAGCCUUUCUAUCAAGCGUUCCCGAACUUGAUCUUACCACCAGGUUGCAAGUCCACACUUCAGACAGCCACUCUGGUUCCCAGUACUAGCGAUCAACUACAACCGCCCUAUCCUUUAGAGCCCCACAUGGUCCUCGAAUUACAGCAAAAGGUUCAGGCGAUGGUAUCACAGUACUUAUGGGCGGAGACUUAUGAUUGGAACCAUCAAAGACCGCCGCAAACAGAUUAUCGGUGA